AACAAUUAUUUAAUCAGUGCGAGAGUAGAAUAGUUGUGGGGGACAAAGCGAUCCACGCGCACACAAGAGAUCGAGCUCAUUGCCAGUCGUCUCUCGCUCUGAAAGCAAGCUGGAAAGAAGAAGCAUCAAAAGACGAGAGGAGCCGGUUGGUGUCGAGAGAAAGACGCGACGACGCGACUCGCUGCUGACCAUCGGAUGGCUCUCUCCAGUCUGCAUAGCCAUGAGCACUCGUCACUAGCCUAGACCGGCGGCACAGCACAGCACAGGACAGACUCGAAUCACCCCCUUAUCGUGAACUGAAGAUGCUCGUCCCCAUCACGCUUUUACUGCUCGCGACCUCAAGCAUCGCCCAGCUGACAGACCUGCAGCCCCCUCGGUGCGAUGGAGACACUUGUUACCGGGAAGUGAGAUGUGAAUCUGUGAGUGGAUUCGCAAGCUCUAGAGGCCGGUCAGAUGAGACGACCACAGUGAGCGGCGUUUUGAGCAACUCGUCCAGCUUGACAAAGUCGAUUAGUGAGAAGGACUCAUCACUCAAUUACACCUCUUCGUCGGCGGCCGCAGACGAAUUGGUGUCAACGCCCCUUGCACCCACCGAAGAUGCUUCCAGACGCAAGAGGAGUCCUGAGGCUGAAAGGUGCUUCGUAGUCUUCCAGAAAAAUGGGACUGACGACGAAAAUCACGAUGAAAACGAAAACAAACCCGAACGGCUUGUCAAUUGGCAAGUUUGGCUCUAUGGCUUCCUUUCCGUCGGAUUCAUUAGCUUAUCCGGAAUAUUCGGCAUUAUAUUUGUGCCCCUAAUGAAGAAAAAAUUGUUCGUGAUGGUCAUGAGAUAUUUAGUUGGCCUCGGCAUUGGAGCGCUUAGCUCCACAGCAAUAUUUCAACUUAUACCCGAGUGCUUUCAAAUUAUGGAAACGGAUUACCUUGCAGCUUCGGUUGUUAUUUGGAUAACAAUUUGGGUAUUCUUCGUGUUCGAGUGCUUCUGCAAAAUUUUGCUGAGUGGAAACGGGGGCCACCACGGCCACAGCCACUCGAGGAACAAAGAAUUGGGAGGCGAAAAAGGCGGCAGACCAAUUUACAAGGGGAGAGCAGAUAUCCCAGCAGAAGUGGACAACUUCUUACCUAAAUCCUUCAACAACGGGGAAGUGAAUAUCGAAACAGACCAUAAAUAUUCUGAGGCAGUGCCCAUGGGAAAAAUCAACAAAGAGAACAAGAUGGCUUUUCACCACAGGAGUCACGACUACUUGGCUGAAACUGACAAUGAAGCGCCAAAGUUGGGCGUUUUCGCAUCAAUCUCCUCAGUCGCGUGGAUGAUCAUCCUGGGAGACGGCAUCCACAACUUCAUAGACGGCGUCUCCAUCGGCGCCGGAUUCACUCAAAGUCCGCUCACCGGACUCAGCAUUAGUCUGGCGAUUGUUUUUGAGGAGUUCCCUCACGAGCUAGGUGAUUUCGCUAUUCUGAUCAACUCGGGAAUGUCAGUGAAAAAAGCGCUAGCAUUCAAUUUCGCCUCUGCCUGCACGGCGUUUCUUGGACUCGUCCUCGGAAUUUCUCUUGAAUCUUUUGAAGUCAACUCGUACAUUUUCGGGCUGGCUGGCGGACUGUUUUUAUACAUUUCCCUUUCCGAUUUGAUUCCUCAGCUGAACUUGAUGCUGGACGAGGCGCUGGAAGAGAAACACUGUGCCAAGAAAAACGCGCUGCUAAUCAUGCUCCAACAGAAUCUUGGAAUCCUCACUGGCAUGGUGCUGAUUUACUUGAUAACGAGAUACACUGAUCAAUUAACUUUUGAGAACUAAAAAUAUUUUUGAACGAACAGAGGAAUGAUCGAGAUUUUGAGCAAUAAAAUGUGUUCUUUUUUAUUAAA